AUGUCCUACGCCGAAGCUGCCGCCGCCAAUGGUCCCACUGGACCCAAAGUAGUGGAAGACCCAAUGCACACCACCCCUGAGGAAGCCAAGAAGGAAGCCCAACAGGGCGCCGACAAGGUGAAGAAAGAGGCCAGCAAGGCUUCGAAAGACGCCUCCAAAGAGGCUGACAAGCUCAAGAAAGAUGCGGCCAAGGCCACCGACGAGGCUAUCAAGAAAGGUAAGGCCACUGCCAACAAUGUCAAGAAGGACCUCAAGGAGUUGGAGAAGGAGUCUCAGCCAUACAUUGAUUCGGCCACCAAGUUCAUCAAGGACAAGUACCAGGCUGCUGCCAACUUUGUCACUUCUUACGUGAACAAGGACACCGUCAAUGCUACUGGUGCUGAGUUGCAGAACCCUGUGGUUUUGGGUCAGCUUGCUGUGAUUUUGGGUUCGGCCACCGCCGGCUGGUUUGUCUACUCGGAGAGAGCCAGAAUCAGGACAGAGAACAAGUACGUUGUUGGUAUUCAUGCUGCCAUUAUCACGGGUCUUGUGCUUGCCGACGGCUACCUCUUCUCCAACUUGUACCCUAAGUACAAGAAGAACUAA